AUGCCACCGAAAAGAAAGGCAGACCUUGGUCCUGUCGCCGGCCGUAACCCUACAGGCAACUGUUCCACCUACAUUGUGAUAGGGAUCGAUUUUGGCACGACAUAUUCCGGUGUUGCAUGGGCCCGAGACGCGAAACCUGAUGGUCUCAACAUGGUCUCAAGCUUUGACGGACCCAUGUGGACAAAGUCUCACAAUAAACAACAAGUGCCGACCACCAUAUCCUAUAACUCUUGGGGUCGACCGUCAGCAUGGGGAUAUGCGGUCCCUCCAACACAGAAAUCCUUGAAAUGGUUCAAACUACUUUUGCUCGACAGUGACCACCUCCCAGAUCACUUUCGUCAUGCGCCCAAUUUGAUCGAAGCACAAGCCCAGAUGAAAGAGAUGAACAAGAGUCCUGUGGAUGUCAUUGCAGACUACUUGCGCCUGCUUUGGGCUCACAGCCUUGAGCAGAUAACAAGGGCCGUCACUACUAUCGUAAUGGACAGAGUGAAGCUCAAGGUAGUUGUUACCAUGCCUGCGAUUUGGCCGCUAUACGCGCGUCUGAGAAUGAAGGAAGCCGUCAAAAUGGCAGGGAUCAUGGACCCAAGAUGUGCCGGCGAGACGUCCUUGUCAUUUAUGUCAGAGCCGGAGGCUGCGGCUCUCGCAGCCUUGGCCGAUGUGGAUGAACAAACAAUCAUCGAGGAACAAUCUGAUUUUGUCGUAUGCGAUGCUGGUGGUGGUACAGUGGAUUUGAUCACCUAUAAAAUGAUCCAAAAUGACCCGAUGAUUGUUGAGGAAUGCGUUAAAGGAGACGGCAAUCUUUGCGGAGCUGCUGUACUAGAUGAGAGGUUCGAGCAGGUUUUCCGGGGCUGCUUGCCAGAGAACGCCUACGAUCAGUUGGAUGUAAACAUUUUGGCCCGGAUUCUACAUAUUGAUUGGGAAGAUGGGAUGAAGACUUCAUUCACUGGCUUGGAAUUCGAACCUUACAAGAUGUUCAUGCCCUCCGGCUGCGGUAUAAAAGGCAUGCCUGACACGGUCAAUAUCACUCCAUACAAUGUCAGGGAGAUAUACGAACCUGUAGCAGCAAGCUGUGCAGAACUCCUCAGCAAACAGAUGCAAGAAAUAAAGAAGGCCCGUAAACGGGAGCCAAAGUUUAUCAUUCUAGUGGGUGGCUUAGGCAGUAGUCGCUUCCUCCACCGAUACCUUGGAAAUGCGUUCGAAGAUACGAAUAUCAUUCAGGCUAAGGGAGACCAGCCGAUGGGAGACGGUUUGAGAAAUAGGCUAACAACAUUCGCUUUGAAUGACAGAUGGACCGCCGUCGCCCGCGGAGCCGUUAUUCAGGGUCUUUCCACAACUGGGGCUCCUUCAGUUAUGUCUAUCAAGUCCCGAAUUGCCAGAGCCAGCUAUGGCACCACGGUGAAUAUUAUCCCAUGGGAUGCGUCAAUGCACGAUUCUCGAGACAGACUCUGGUGCCCAAUUCAGCAAAACUUUCUCGCUGUUAGUCAGACGCAGUGGUUUCUUCGAAUUGGCGAACAAAUCUCUGAUGAGCCCUGCAAGGCAACUUUCUGGCAGGAUUUUCCCGAGCCGGACACAGAAAUCAAGACAGAACUGGUAUACUCGGAUGCGGAAGUACCACCCUCUCGUUGCGAUGAUUCAGUGAAGCAACUUUGCGAGAUCAAAUGGGAGAAUAUCCCCGGCUUCAACACUCUGCCCGUAUGGACAAACACUGAAGGGCAGGAGCUGCGACAGCUCGUCUACGAUUUGCAGAUGGUAUCGGACGGUGUGUCUUUGGACUUUGCCAUCGUUCACAAAGGCAAGCGAGUGGCAUCCAAGAACGUGUCCGUGGACUUUGAGAAGGUGUCACAACCCGUUGAGUGA